AUGGCAUCAGAUCAAGUUGUCUUGCCCGCCUCGUGCAUUCCUUCAAAACGGUCUUUGGAUACGACUUCUGACAUUCCAUCAACCUCCCAAGCCAUGAUUGGACUUUCCGACGAUGAUCCUAGAAAUGAUGCUGCUGGCCCCAGUGCCCCAGAGCAACGCUUGUCUUUGGGGUCUAUUCAAACACAUUUCAAUUACUGCAGCGCCAUGAGCAGUGUUUCACAUUCAUCUCACUUUAAUACCGAAGAAUCACCAGGUGAUACCUCAGAUGCGAAGAGAUCAAUGACAUCGGACCCUCCGCUACCUCACUCCGGGCCAGAUACACUACCUAUUCUUUCUGGCAAUGAAGAGAUUGAAAGACGCAUGUUUCUGCCGGGAUCUCCUUCUCCAACAAACCACUCCCCAAGUGGAAAUAAUGAUGACAUGAACCUUGCGAACUUGUCUAAUUCUGUCCAACCUACGCCUGAUUCUAUACCAGUCGCAUUGAUGCAAUCUCUCCCAUUUAUCGCACCAGAUGACAUUGACGAUCUGGACGGCGAGACUUCUGAGGCUGAUUCGUCCACUGGAAGCUCCUCUGUGUUCGAAGAAGACCUCACAUCAACCUACACAGCCUCACUACUAUCCGAAGCAGAGAAUUUCACAUACGAAAAUGGAAGGCGAUAUCAUUCGUACCGCGAAGGUACAUAUGUCCUUCCAAACGAUGAACCCGAACAAGAUCGACAGGAUCUCCUUCACCACGUCCGAAACCUGGUUCUUCACGGCCGGCUCUUCCACGCCCCCUUGGAAAAAGAUAUUCAACGAGUCCUGGAUAUCGGAACGGGCACCGGGAUAUGGGCCAUCGACUUCGCAGACGCUUUUCCCAGCGCUCAGGUCAUAGGGAUUGAUCUAAGUCCCAUCCAGCCUGCAUGGGUUCCGCCCAACUGUCGAUUUAUCGUUGACGACGCAGAGGCGGCUUGGCUAUAUAGCAGAUCCCAGCCUUUCGACUAUAUUCAUUCUCGCGACAUGGGUGGUUCUAUCUCGGACUGGCCAAGGUUGCUGGCUCAGGGAUUUCAGCAUCUGCGUCCUGGUGGCUGGAUUGAGCUGUGUGAGUUUGAGGUUAUGCUAAGAUCUGAUGAUGAUUCGAUUGCUCUUGCUCCGACACUGUGUGAGUUUCUUGGUCAUCUAGAUCAGGCUAGUGCUCGCUUCAAUCGGCCCAUGAAUAUUGCCCGAUAUCAUCGACAGCACUUGAUCGAGGCUGGUUUUGAAAAUGUACACGAUGACACUUUCAAGGUGCCGUCAAGUACAUGGCCUAGUGAUCCUUUGAAUAAGGAGAUCGGCAAAUACAAUCUAUGCUCUCUUCUGCUAGCAGUCGAAUCUUACUCGCUGGCUCUUUUUACUCGUGUGUUGGGAUGGUCGAAUGAACGAACCCAGGUCUUCCUGGCUGGGGUACGGCGGGAGCUCAAAAAUCCCGAUGUUCGUAGUUAUUGCAUCUUGCAUGUCCCGUUGCAUGUCUGGUUAGUUGCAUACGUACACCCCCAUCCGCAUAAGGCUGCCACACAGUACCGUCCAGGUGUUAAUCAUCAACAGCCUUUCCUCUGGCUGAUCUACAGUAUUGCCUAUUCUUUCUUCUCGCCUUUGCGCCAUUUUCCAGGCCCAUUCCUCUGGUGCAUAUCUCGCAUCCCGUCAAAUAUCUCUGUUCUCCGCGGUACGAACCACCUCGAUAUCUUGGCCCUGCAUGCAAAGUACGGUCCAGUCGUGGGACUUGCUUUCCUAAGGAUCGGAGCCAUUAUGAGCCUCCGGCACGUUGAUCAUUUGGUCUGUGCGGUUGAUGAUGCAUGUCAUGCGAGGCAGAGACGACUUAUUGCGCAUGCUUUUUCGAAAAAGGCACUUAGGGAGCAGGAAGGCCUGAUUGGUGGUUAUGUCGACACUUUGAUUGCCAAGCUACGGACUAGUAUUCGAGAGGGAACGUCUGUGGUUGAUAUCAAAGCAUGGAUGAAUUUCACGACUUUCGACAUUACUGGGGAUCUGAUGUUUGGCGAGUCUUUUGAUUGCUUAAAAGAUAAACAGUUACAUCCUUGGAUUGGAAUGAUCUUCAAAUCAAUGAAGGCUAUUGCUUUCAUUGGGGUCGUGAACCAGUUCCCAGCCCUGAAGGCACUGUUGAACAGGCUGCUCCCUGGUGAUGUCAAGCGCGUUGGUCAAGAACAUUUCAAGCUAACUGCACAGAAGAUUGACAAGCGGUUGGAGGCUAACAUUUCUCGAUCUGACUUUUUGUCCGCGAUGUUGCACAAUGGGUUGAGUGAGCGAGUGGGCCAGUAUGACGCUGGUGAGCGUAUCAUGACCAGGGCAGAGAUCCAUUCAAAUGGCUUCAUCCUCAUCGUUGCUGGUAGUGAAACAUCCGCAACCCUACUUUCCGGUUGUAUCUACUACCUGUGCCGGACACCAUGCGCGAUGGCGAAACUCACUACGGAAAUACGAUCGGCUUUCACCCAAGAUAGUAACAUGACAUUCCGAUCUUUGGAAGAUCUGCAAUACCUCGUCGCCGUCAUUAACGAAUCACUGCGCAUGUAUCCGCCCUUUGUUACGAGUCUGGCACGUCUUGUGCCUGAAGGUGGGGCGCUUGUGAGUGGUCACUUUGUACCUGAGAAUACAGUCGUUGCAUGCCAUCACUAUGCUUCCUACCACUCCGAGUCGAAUUUCAGGUAUCCCGAUCAAUUCAUACCCGAGCGCUGGUUGGAUGAUCCUGCCUUUGCAAAUGACCGAAAAGAUGUCCUGCAACCAUUUAGUCUGGGGCCUCGUGGUUGUCUUGGAAAAGAGCUUGCGAAUUGCGAGAUCCGUCUCAUUCUUUGCAAGCUCCUCUUUAAUUUCGACCUUCAGCUUCAUCCCGAGAGCGUGAAUUGGCCCAAUCAAAAGGUCUACUAUCUCUGGAGUAAACCACCCCUCAUGGUCUCUCUCAAGGACAGACUCUUAAACUCUCAAACGGAGAAUCCUCAACUGUUCAUGACAAGCUGA